AGAAAGGAAAGAAAGGCUAACCAAAUUGCUAAUUGAAAAAAGGUUUUUAAUCCCUGACUCAAAUUUAGCUAUGCAUAUGUAGUUACAUUAUUGUCUUACACAGUUUUCAUUUCCAACGUGGAAGGAAAUGGUACAUGGAACAGUGCUAUAUGUUGCUGGGUGCAGUUUUGGCUUGCUUAGUCCACAGCCUGGGGGACAGAGUACUGUGGGAAAUAAACUGUACCUGGACGCAUAGCUCUGCCACAUCAGGAGUGUAAACAUAGUUGCCCCAUAACAACAUUUGCACUGACUGCAGCUCUUCUGCAGAUACGGAGCAGUCAGUCCUGUAGUCUUCCAAAAACUGAGUUAAUCUGGAGGGAAUUAUAAUGGGUGGCUAAUUGGUGGAGGCACAGGAGUCUUUCUUUAAAUUAAAAAAAAAAAAAAAAAAUUCAGACUUGGGUUCAGUUAUGGUGUUCAACAUCCCACCCUGAUGAGUCAAUAACUGGUUAUGACAGUGAUGUACCUAGGGUCCCCUAAAGAAAAAUACUGUAACUUUUUUGUUGAAUACAUACUUGUCUACCAGUUCUAGUAGAUCUUCUACCUCUUGACUGCCUUUCUGAUGGGGCCUGAGGCUUGCAUGGGAAGGAGGAUGCAGAAAACAGCAUUGUUGUGGCCCCAUGCAAGGGCAGCAGAAGCAGAACGCUUUCUUUGAUGGCUGACAGUCCCAGGAAGACAAGACCGGGUGUACGUAGCUCUCUUGGUAGUAGAUCAAGUGUUUCUAAUCUUACAGUAUCUUCUGAAAGUUUUAAGCUAAACUGGUUUGGUUUUGGAUUUUUUUGUGUGGUUUUACUUUGAUCAAUAGAAAGGCCAAAUAGUGAGAUAAUCUAAAGUGUCAAGGUAAUGGUAGAAUGUGGGAGUUUUGAAGUUAGGUGUCGUAUUUCCUUGCACCUGUACAAUUGGACAGCUAUAUAUUGAAAUAUGUAGCAUCUAUAUACCUAUAUAUAUUUGAUUAUACAGACUGAUUGCUCCAUACUGUUGUUUCUAAGUUUAAGCAAAACUGCAAAACAUUUGUCUUGCUACUGAUUGCUCACUGUUUUGAAAUCUUGUCUACCUCCAUAAAUGCUUUAUUAGAAACCUUUUAUAUGGUGUUAUACUUCUUAACACUAAGGGAAUUUCCCAAAAUUGCAAGUAUAAUGAAGAUUAUAUUUGAGGGUAUUAAGCUAACUAAUGUGUGUCCUUGCCUCUAAUCUGGAGACAAAUCCAUCACAAGUUUCUUCUAAAUAAGUGCUGAAUUUCUGUGUUUAAAAUGAAGCUAUGAAAAUCAGUUUGCUUCUGCCUUGAUGGUAAAUAUUUAACUAAAUUCUAGCUAAUUGCUAUAUUUAGACAUUAAAGUAUGAAAUGCCAAUAAAUGAAAAUACUGCUUUAGUAAACUGUAACAGCAUCCAUACAGGAAGUAAACCAAGUACAUUCCUGAUUACUUUUUCAGGCAAUCUGGUUGUGUUCAAUACAGUUUUAAAAUUUCUAGCCCUUAAUGCCAAGUUUUGUUGCCAUCAUAGCUGUGGUGUGGGUGGAAAAGCCAAACCAGAAAUGAGCAGAUCUAACUGUAAGCUACUUUGCAUGUUGUCAGUUAACUAUAAAUUGCAGCAGUCAUUGACUCAGCGGAACAAGCUACAUAAUUCAGGUAAGAGACUUGCGUAUUGCUGUAUCUAGCAACAGAUCUUCACUGAAUAUUAGUGGUUUUGUAAAUUAGUUCUACCAGCUAUUCAUUAACAGUGCUUCUGUAGCUUUUUAAUGAAUUGUAUUUAAUAUAAUCUCUUAUUAAAUAAGGUUUAAGAAAAAUGGAACAUUAAUUUCUUUUUUUAAUAUCAUUCAGAUAUUUUCAGGUAUUAUUCAUCAGUCUUAAAAUAGCACGUCUUGUUUCCUUGGAUUUUACUUUCAUCUGAAGAUUGGUGAGUCUAGUCUAAAAGGAAAACUAUCCUAACACUUCCAUUUUGAACUUCGUGCAGGUAGUAACACAGCAGAUAACUGUUUUAUGUAAUGCUGUUAUGCAGCAGAAGUGUCAGUACUAAGCAACAAAUAUGGCAAGUAUCUCUUCUUGAGGGGUUGUGUUGGUUUUGGUUUCUUGCUCUAUAGUGAUGUUUUGCUAUAAAAUUGUUUUGCUAUAUAAGAGACUUUGUUCCUCGGACAAUGUUUUAAAGUUGUUAGUAGUAGAAAGUUUUUAGACAAUAACCUAACCUGUUUAAGUAGAAAAGGGACAGGUGACUGUCUACUAGUUUAAUUUUAUGAGUGUAUAUAUUCACCUCUGAUUUUUCUGCGUGUAUAUUAAUGUAAAAUGGAUGUGUGUUCAUGCUUUCAGCCUACCUACAGAAGUACCUGUUCAAGAUGCAUGUGACUUUCUCUGUUGUCUAACAGUGUGCUCUAAAAGAAUUCUUAACUCGUAGGAUUUCUGUUGUGAGAUCUAUGUGCAUUACAAAAAGAGACGGCGCUGAAUACAGAGGCAUUUUGAUAGAAUAUGUUGUGAGGAUAGGUCCAUACUGAGUAAAAAUUCUUUCCGUAUUAAACGUGGCAGGUAUGAAUUCAUUAGAAAACAUCAAAAUAUCCCCAUAUCCUUGUGAAGGAUUAAGGGGAUCCCCUUUAUGUUAUGGAACCGUGGUCAGAACAUUGGCAGCUUUGCGAGGUUUUUGCAAGUUUGGAAUCUAGAUGUUUAUAGUAACCUAGUUUAAUGUUCAGGUGUGUUUUCCUUUUUAGAGGGUGCAAUAACCUAAGUGUUUUAGACAGCAAUAUAUAGAUGUGGAAGUGGAUGGUGAGUAAGAACGUUUUUUGAUAGAUUCUGUGUAGGCAAGUAUUGCUUGCAAUCUUUGAGGGUGGAUCACAGUAGUUCUUUAGAAAUUAACUAGUUAUUUAAAAUUUAUUUUUGAGUAGCUAUUAGGUAACAAUCAUUACAGUUAUGCUGAUAUUUAGCUGUUUGAAUAAUGAUAUUGGGAAGGCUCUAUAAUGUGGCUUCCUGUAAAACACUGCAAGAUUAUCUUUCUAGUAAAUAUAUAGGGGUGAUUUGAGUAGUUACGCCUGCUGUAAUGCUGCCCUGAAGAGAGGGUAUGUGGUUUUAGUAGGCCAGUCUGAGUUACAGGUUUCUAGCAGUGCCCCAAAGGCUGUGUGCAGUCCCUUCUUAGUAAAACACUUUAAAAUUGGAACAAUAUUAUUAGGACAUGCAUUUUUUCCUUUCCUAAAUUGAUUAUUUCAUAAUCCUCUGUCAGUAGGACUGUAUUUAGUAUUUCAUAUCUGUGUUUAAUCUGCAGGUGAGUGCAGAAGGAGCAUGAGGACCCAAGGAAAUGUUAGGUUUAGCAGAAAUUCAUCCUUUAAAUUUCUUGUAAACCUUUUUAUGUAGAAUGGAUGUAAUACCUGACAGACAUAAAAUUAAGAUUGAGAUCCAUUCCCUGCACAGGUUUUCCAUCUAAUUAAGAUACUAUAGCAGAUGAGAUAUCAAAUGAAUAGAGAAAAAAUAAUUAAUCUUGGAAGGCUUUUUGGUAUGGAUAGGGAGUCUGCUACAGGAAUUGUAGAUUUUUUUUUUUCCUUUUUUUUUUUUUUUUUUUUUUUCCCCAGGGAGGGGAAGGGGGUGGAGAGAAUGCCUCAGAUGUUGGCCUGCUUUGUUUAGUCUCUGUAGAGAUGUAAGUUUUGGUGGAUUUGGAGCAAGCUAGACCUAUGUGGAGUACAUAAAGGUUAAAUGCAGAAUCUGAUGGAUGGCAAAAGCUACUGUAACCUCAUGGACAAGUUAUCCAUCUGUACUGAGACUCAGCGCAUACAGCUGGCUAAGCCUUUCUGUGCCGACCCAGUGGUCAUGUUUCAUGUGUACCCAGAAACACCAAACCAGGUCACUUGCUCUGAAGAUUUGUCAUCCCUUCCUUUCAUGUCUGAGCAUCUCAUUGCAGAGAACUUCUACAGUGAGCCCUGCAUGUUUCCCUACCAAAUGCCCCAUUCCAAUUACUGCAGAAGUGAGUACUCCUAUGGACCAGCUUUCAUCAGAAAGAGGAAUGAGAGGGAAAGACAGAGGGUUAAAUGUGUCAAUGAAGGCUAUGCUAAACUGAGGCAUCACCUACCUAAGGAAUACUUGGAGAAACGCCUCAGCAAAGUAGAGACACUCCGUGCUGCAAUAAAAUACAUUAGCUACCUACAGUCUGUUCUGUACAAUGAUUCUGUGGUGGCAGAAAAAAAUGUCAUGGAGCUAGGCCAAACACCUAAAGCAAUUAACAAACAAAACCAGUUUCUGAAGACAAUCUAAACUGUUUCAAACCAAGCAAAAGGUAUCCCGUCUGGGAACCUAGUAGCCACUAUAUUAUUAAUGAUGUGCAUGUUCCUGGCACAUCUUAGGAGCAGAUCAUAGCACGCGUCACUAUCAUCCCACAGAAAAGAAUCCUAAUUUUGCAGAUAGUAACUACACUUAGAUAUGAAAUAGGCAACUGGGGAAAUAUCAUCUGAGUGGCUUUAGUUAAUUCAUGGAAAUCAGAAAACAUUUCUAAAAUUGUCACCAAACAAAAAAUGUAAUACCUAUACGUGUAAAGUAAUUGUAUGUAUCAUCACAACCUGCAUGCUUUAAAAUAAAUUCUUUCCACUGA